GGAAGCAAGUUAUCUGCGCGAUGAGGCUUCCCUGCGAGGUGGAAGUCCGUAACUGUCAUUUGCCAACCUUAGGGCUCAAGAGCCGAGGCAAGGGCGUGCGAGCGGUGGUGAGCCUGUGCCAGCCCCCGGGCAGGAAUGAGCUGCAGCCUGGGUCAAGCACAGAGCCCGGCGGCCGAGCCUGCCUGCUGGUCUCCACCAUGAAGGACAAGCAGGGAACCCGCUACAAGCUAAAAGAGAAUAUUGAACAGUUCUUCACCAAAUUUGUGGAUGAGGGGAAAGCCACUGUCCGGUUAAAGGAGCCUCCUGUGGACAUCUGUCUGAGUAAGGCCAAUCCUGGCAAUUUAAAGACUUUCCUUUCAGCUAUGAGACUGGCUCAUAGAGGCUGUGAUGUCAACACACCACUUUCAACACUAAAACCAUUGAAGACUUCAGAAUUUGAAAAAUACAAAGUCAAAAUGGUUAUCACAUCCAAAAAGGAUUAUCCUCUAAGGAAGAACUUUCCGUAUUAUUUGGAACAUCUUCAGGCCUCUUACUGUGGCCUUACCCAAGUUGAUAUGCGCAUACUGUGCUUAAAAAAUCUUACGACGUUACACCUGAGUCACAACUGUAUAAAAAAGCUUCCAGAUACAAUUGGAGACCUCAUCCACCUUCAAGAGCUUAACCUUAAUGACAAUCAGCUGGAGGCAUUUAGUGUGACCUUGUGUAAGUCCACACUCCAGAAGUCACUUAAGAGUUUGGAUCUCAGCAAGAACAAAAUCAAAGCAUUGCCUGUUCAGUUUUGUCAAUUCCGGGAACUUACUAACUUAAACCUUAACGAUAAUGAAUUGAUUCACCUUCCUUUCAAGAUAGGACAGCUAACAAACCUUCGUUUUCUAUCAGCAGCUCGAAACAAACUUAGAAAUCUACCUUGUAAUUUUAAAAUGUUAUCCCUGGAAUACUUGGAUCUUUUUGGGAAUACUUUUGAAAAACCAGAAGUCCUUCCAAUUAUAAAGCUUCAAGUACCAUUAACGUUACUAGAAUCUUGUUCACAAGCCCUUCUAUCCUAUAGGAUUCCAUAUGGCCCUGAUAUAAUUCCUUACCAUCUGUGCCAAGAUUUGGAUACUGCCAAAACCUGUGUCUGUGGAAGAUUUUGUCUCCAAUCUUUCAUUCAAGGAACGACUAUGCUGGAUCUACACUCUGUUGCCCACACUGUGGUCAUAGUAGAUAAUAUGGGUAGACCGGAAGCUCCUAUUAUCUCUUACUUUUGUUCUCUAACCUGUUUUGUAAAUUCUUCUAAUAUGUUAAACUAAUUAGUGUGAUAACAGAAAGGUUUUUAGAUGUUUGUCAGUUGUGUAUUUAUUUGUGCUUUACCAGUAAUAAAUUAGAAAAAGGGAAGGUUUUUGUAUAUUUAUAUGGCAAGAGAAUGUUAGCAUUCUCAACCAUUUGACUCUGGAAUUUUAAUUUAAAGCUGAAUUUAAUUUGGGGACUGGAUGAAUGGCUCAGCACAUACCCUAUUGCAGAGGAUGCAUGAUAUGCCUCAUGACUAUGUGCUCCGAGUACCAGGGACUCCAGUGUCCUUCUGACCUCCAGGGAUACCAGACAUGCAUGUGACACACAUGCAUAUUAUAUAAGCAGGCAAAAUACUGAAUAGAUCUUCAGUCUCAUUGUGAAAUUAAUGUAUGAUUGCAGGGUUAGUUUCUUCUGCCUUAAGCAUCCAGGACUCACUAGUUAAUCUGUGGGGUGUGUGUGUGUUUUGACUGUCCUGGAACUUGCUUUGUAGAGAUCUGCCUUGUGCACCACUACACCAGGCCUACAUUGUAAAUUCUACAUGUUCUAUGGGCCAGCAGGUAAAGAUCCUUGUUGCAAAGCAUGACAUCUAAGUUCAAUUGUUGUCACUCCCACAGUAGGAGAGAACAGAUUCUUGUAAGUUGCACACAGGCAUACAGAAUAACAAAAAAUGUAAUAUAAGAUCUCUGGUUGUUCUUGCAGGAGACCCCCCCAAAUCCCAGUACUCACUUGGCAGCUCAUAACUCCAGUCCCAGGGAAUCUGAAAUCCUCUUCUGAUGUUCUCAGGGAUAACACAAAAAUGGUGCACAGAAAUACAUUCAGCUGUUUGGCGUACAACAAAAUAUAAUCGUUUCUACAACAACCGGCCUCGUUCCUUCCCCAGCCACGUCAGCCGGUUUUGGCUUUACCCUUCUAAAGCACCGGCACCCGCCAGCGGGUCCGAAGGCUGACGUGUCGUUAGCAGCCGGCGCGCCUCGCGGCCCAAUGGCCGCCAUGCUGGAGCAUCUCUUCCGAGGGGGCUGCAGGCCGACCUCAAGCCGCGGCGGGCCGCACCUGCCGGUUCCCAACGCCUCAAAGAGCUCAGGCGGCUCCGGCCACCAGGCAACCGCGGUCCCCAAGGAACCAGGUACUGCUCAGCUCCAGACUUACCGAGA